CAUUCAGCCACUAUAUGGUUUCCUCAUGCUGCAGGGCCUGGCACAUUACCUAAAAUUUUUUAUGGUAGCACUAGCUGCCAUAAAUCUUCAAUUUAAAUUUUAAAAUUAAUCUUUUAAUCUUAGAGAUUGUGAGGCUCUAUUAUCUCCUCAUGCUGCCGCCACCUCCAGACAGGGUCGUUCUGCCACUAUAUGGUCUCCUCGUGCUGCCGCCAAUUCCAGGCUGUGUCAUUCUGCCAGAUUAUGGGCUCCUCAUGCUGCUGCCACCUUUAGGCUCUGUCAUUGUGCCACCAUGUGACUCCUUGUUAGAUUGGGUUUUGUGGUCAUACAGUAUUAGUUCAAAGUAAACACCCGGACAUUAAACUUGGGAAUCUAAUAUAAAUCUUAAAUUUAAAAAUAUCAAUGUAAUCUUUUCAAGACUGAGGCCCUAUGGUCGUCGAUGUCAUAUAACCUGUGGAAUUAUCACAAGAAUCCAAUGAAACAGCUUGGAGCAAUAACAAUGAACUGUAACUGAUUAAAUGAAACAUUCGCACUUUCAUAGUUAGGGGGGAGCUGAGAGGCAGGGGCUGGAACAGGUGGUAUCUCGCCUCGCGGAGGAUCGCCAGCUCGAUGCGCACCAGAAUGGGUAAUCAAAAAAUUCAUAUAAAAUUAAAUAAAAAUGACAAAAAAUCUGCCACAUCCAGACGCUCUGCGGCAGUGAUUCUAAUAGCGAUGACUGUGAUCUGCAUGUCAUACUGAAUAACAGUAUUAUUUCACAAACACAGCACACUCCCUAUGGCUGUUAGAACAAGGCAAAGAGUUCUACACCCCUAUGGAGCCUCUCUGUAGGCCACAAAUAGCCUUUUUAAUAGCGAUUCGCAGCAAAUCAAUUCGGUCUGAACCAAAUUUUUACGGAAAAUUUGGCGAAUCAGCCGAAUCAAAUUUUUCAGAAAUUUGCUCAUCUCUAGGCGCCAUCACACAGGACAACUUGUCUGCAUACGGCUCUGUCCAUGGGGAAUGAGGACAUUAUGGAUCUUAGGAGACAAAGGAACAAACAGAAAUCCCCCGACAGGAAGGGGUUUCUCCAAUCCAGGAUCCUCUGCUGAUAUCUUCUAUAUAAGAGAAUUCUCCUGGAUGACCCAUCAACCAUGGAGAAAGACAGGAACAAGAUGGCCGACAGGAUCAUAAACCUCACCCUACAGAUACUCUUCCGGCUUACUGGAGAGGAUUACACAGUAGUGAAGAAGUCCUCUAGUGGGCGCUGUCGGGCCCCUGUGUGUGAAGGAUGGGGAAGAACCCUGAGCCCAAUCCCGGGGCCCCCACCUCACUCCCUGAUACAUGAGGAAAUGGAUGAACAGAAGAUCCGAGAACUCAUCAACAAGAUGAUGGAGCUGCUGACUGGAGAGGUUCCUAUAAGGUGUCAGGACGUGGCGGUCUAUUUCUCCAUGGAGGAGUGGGAGUAUGUAGAAGGACACAAGGAUCAGUACAAGGAUCAGGUCAUGAUGGAGGAUCAGCAGCCCCUCACAUCACCAGUCAGAUCCAGUAAGAGAACAGCACCAGAGAGGUUUCCCCGUCCUCUUCUUCCACAGGAUGAUCAGGGAGAAGAUCCGAACAAUAUUACUGCUGCAGAGACAGAUGUGAGCGGUGAUGAGAAGUAUAAGGAGCACAUUCCUACAGGAAAAGAAAAUGCUACAGACAUAAAAGAAGAAGAAGAGACAGAUGUGAGCGGUGAUGAGCAGUAUAAGGAGGACAUUCCUACAGGUAACCGCUCAGAUUCUUGUAGCAGGAGAUCAGAGGAGAAUCUUAUAUCUUCAGAUUAUAAAGCAGAUGAUGAUAUCACACAAGAUACAUAUGAAGAACAUUCCAUUAUCCCAGAUACACCCUCAGCCCUUCACAGCCAAGAUCUGUCAUCUCAUCCUUAUAUACAGGUCCUGUCUUCUCAGUCAUCACAGGAGGUUCAGCAAAAUAAUAGCACCAGAAGGGAUGUUGGACCUCAACAAGCUCAUACAGGAAUGAAACCAUAUUCAUGCUCAGAAUGUGUGAAAUCUUUUAUUAAGAAAUCAAGUCUUGUCAUACAUCAAAGAAAUCACACAGGGGAGAAACCAUUUUUAUGCUCAGAAUGUGGGAAAUGUUUUACUGGGAAAACAUAUCUUGUUCUACAUCAAAGAACUCACACAGGCGAGAAGCCAUUUUCAUGUUCAGAAUGUGGAAAAAGUUUUACUGACAAAUCAAGUCUUGUUAAGCAUAAAAGAACUCACACAGGGGAGAAGCCAUUUUCAUGUUCAAAAUGUGGGAAAUGUUUUACUCAGAAAUCAAAUCUUUUCAAACAUCACCAAACUCACACUGGGGAGAAGCCAUUUUCAAAUUCAGAAUAUGGAAAAUAUUUUACUCAGAAAUCAGGUCUUGUUGUUCAUCAAAGUACUCACACAGGAGAGAAGCCAUUUUCAUGUUCAGAAUGUGAGCAAUGUUUUGCCGGGAAAUCAGAUCUUGUUCAGCAUCAAAAAAUUCACUCCGGGGAGAAGCCUUUCUCAUGUUCAGAAUGCCGGAAAUGUUUUACCCAGAAAUCAUAUCUUGUUAGGCAUCGAAAAACUCACAAAGGGGAGAAGCCAUUUUCAUGUUCAGAAUGUGGAAAAUGUUUUACUCAAAAAUACCAUCUUGUUGAACAUCAGAGAACUCACACAGGAGAGAAGCCAUUUUCGUGUUCAGAAUGUGGAAAAUGCUUUACUUGGAAAUCACAUCUGGUUAAACAUCAGAGAACUCACACUGGAGAGAAGUUUUCAUGUUCAGAAUGUGGAAAAUGCUUUACUUGGAAAUCAGCUCUUGUUAAACAUCAGAGAACUCACACAGGGGAGAAGCCAUUUCUGUGUUUAGAAUGUGGAAAAGGCUUUCCUUGGAAAUGGGGUCUUGUUAAACAUCGAAAAACUCACAAGGGGGUGAAGCCAUUUCCAUGUUCAGAAUGUGGAAAAUGUUUUACAUGGAAAUCUGAUCUUGUUGAACAUCAGAAAACUCACACAGGAGAGAAGCAGUUUUCAUGUUCAGAAUGUGGGAAAUGUUUUACUCGGAAAUCAAAUCUUCUUAUGCACCAAAGAGCUCACACUGGAAAGUAACCUUUCAACUUGUCAAAUAGUACUGUCGGGGUAAUAACCCAUUUAUGAAUUAUUAAUUAUGAUCAACAAAAAUAUUAAAAUUAUUAUAAUAUAUUAUUCAGACAUCAUUUAUAUGUAUAGAGAUCAUCAGAUUACAUGAUAUCUUAUGGGCAUUUUACAUGUAUAAAAAAGGGAAUAAACCCCGCCCAGUUCUAACCACAACUUUCUCUGGUAAGAUACGGUACUAAAUAUAUAAUUUAUAGUACGCUACUAAUUAGGAAGACUUAGAUUAAGUUUCCUCGUGGCAAUUAUUAUGUAAUGUCUUGGAGCAGAGUAGGAUCCCAUCAGACUAUGCUAAUAUGCAAUAUGAUCAUUGCAUUGAUCCCCAUAAGACACGCCCCGUUCAUCUGCAGUAGAAGGAGGUGUGGCUUAUAAACUACUAUUACCAUCCCAUAAUUGAGAUUAUAUAUAAGCCAGGUCUGCUCCUCCCCAUAACAUUAUCUGUCCACAUUAAAGGGGUUAAACAGAUUUGUAAAUUACUUCUAU